GAAACUGGGCGCAACCGAGGCAACGUGGGAAGGAUAAGAGAGCAGGAGAGCAAGGGCAAAGAGGGAGAGGGGGAGAGAGGUGGAGGAAAAUAAAUCUUUUCAGUCUGAAUCAGAGCAGAUUGGGGGGGGGGACGCUUCACUCUUCGGCUGCUCACCAGGAUUCAUCAUGACCGGCUUCACCUUCUCAGUAGGACUCAUCUUCCUCCUGAUUGGCUACACUGCUGCAGGACCUGAACCUGAUUUGCUGCCUCGAGCAGUGCGUUCAAGCGCCUGUCAAGAACACACUAGCCUACACAACCGCCUGGAUGUGGUGGAGAAGAAAGUGGAGGACACAGUGGAGAAGUUGGAGGUUGAGCUGGCUGCUCUCCUGGAAGCCAUUGAAGCCCCGAAAUGGAGCCCCCUGCUGGACAACACAGGAAAACCAGCGGUGGAUAUCCUGGAAGACCCUGAGUGGAGGUCCUAAAGGGGAACUACGAAUAUAUAAUAAACAACAAAGUCUAUCAGAGUCCAACAUACAAGAGAAGAGGAACCAUUUUCUCCUAAAUGCAAAAACCAGAACGCUUAAAUUUAAAUUUGUGAUGUUGUCGAGUAUACUGCUUAAGACUAAAUAUACAGGAUCAUUUUCUGUUGAUAACACUUCAAUAUAAUACAAGUUGUUUGGGUGUAAAAUAAAAUAGUCUCCAGUCUUUGUAUUUAGAGCAGCUCAAUACUUUUGGAUGACAUUACAAGUUCACUUCUCAGGUUUUCUCUGGCUUUGAGAUCUGUAGCUCCUGUCACAUAUUGUUUUAACUUUGCAUACUUCUUAAGUUUGCCCCCUUUGAGGUAAACAGACACCAUUGAAGAAGGAAUUCAACAAGUCCUGAACUUUGGCUUUUGCAUUCAAUCUGUUCCCUUGAAAUAAAUGCGUAUGUUUA